ACCACAGCACCGACGGCUGUGCAAAGUGGCAGCUCAGGGAAGCAUAGACAUCAGUCUGAAGAGCAGCUCCACUGGAGGACACUCACUGUGCAUCAUCUCCCUCAGCCGGCAUAGUGUGUGCGGGUCGUGGAAUAACAAACAUUCCCAAAAGAAGCUCCGGAGCGGAUAAGCAGCAGCAGAGAAGCGAUGGAUGAAAGAAUACCGCAUUUAGAGGACAGGCAGUUCAUGGAGCACGCAGAUUUCUUAGGGGUGGAUUACCCCUCUCUCUACAUGUGCAAAGCAAAAAGAGGAAUAAAACGAGAGGACGGUGGGAAGCAGGAAGCAUACAAGUUACCACACCGGUUGAUAGAGAAGAAGAGGAGAGACAGAAUCAACGAAUGUAUUGGCCAGCUGAAGGAUUUGUUACCCGAACAUCUGAAGCUGUCGACACUCGGGCAUUUGGAGAAAGCUGUUGUCCUGGAGUUAACGUUGAAACAUUUAAACGCUCUGACUGCUGUCACUGAGCAGCAGCACCAGAAGAUUGUCGCUUUGCAGAAUGGGGACCGGUCGAUGAAAACGUCCAUUCAUGCAGAUCUGGAUGCGUUCCACUCCGGGUUCCAGGCAUGUGCCAAAGAAGUCCUGCAGUACCUGAGUCAGUUUGAAAACUGGACUGCACGAGAGGAGAGGUGCGCGCAGCUGAUCAGCCACCUUCACAAGGUGCUGGCGCAGUUCCAGCCAGGCGCACCGCCGCUCCAGCACCAGCUUCCCGCCGGGGAGGCACAUGAUGGGCAGAAAGCCGACGGCCAAGCUAACUGUGUCCCGGUCAUCCAGAGGACCCAAGGCGGGGAGCUUAACGAGAAUGACACAGACACGGACAGUGGAUACGGGGGCGAGGCGGAAAAGAUUGACGGCAAAGAUAAAGAAUGUGACCGCAAUAAGGCGCAGGGACCCAAGGCAGUGAAGAUCAAGCAAGAGUUUGGAGACGAUCGCGCUGCCAAAAAACCAAAGAUGACCUGGCCUGGGAACGGGUUAGGGGGCACUGACCCCACCAGACCCGACCUGGCGUUUAUGAACUCUCUGAUGGGAAUAAGCAGUGUGGGACAGCAGACACCAAUUUGCAUGCCUUUCUACUUCAUCAACCCCUCAGCCGCGGCGUCUUAUAUGCCUUUUUUCGACAAAAGCAACAUUGAAAAGUACAUGUACCCUGCCGCGGCUCUUGCCUCCCCUUUCCCCUGGCUCUACCCCGCACAAGCGUCAGCGGCCGCGGCUGCUGCAGCCGCUUUCCCCGGACUCUCUGUGCACUUUGGAGCCUCUCCUCAGUCCAGUGACUCUCACAGUCCAGACAGCGACGAGCUGCACGAGGCUGACAUAGGUUCACCAGAUGAGCGCGAGGAAAGUCCCGCGAGUGACGAAGAGGAGGAUGACGUAGCUGAUGCGUCGGAGAGCAAGAAUAGCCCGCACGAUCAGUUUUCUGUUUGUCAAAACAGCUAAUUUGUCUGUUAACCUUCCUGUUGAGGAGUUUCUUUUCAUCAAAUUAGACUAGUUUUAAAACGAGGUUUCACAGAAGAGUUUCUCAUGUUCAAUAUCCUGGCGAAACAGGGGACAGUUGUGACGGAGUGUGCCUUUUGCACUUAUGCUAGAUUAAUACAUCUAAAUGAUUAUCGACAAUGAUUGACAUAAAUACACGGCUGUGUUGUGCUGGAGCUAGUUUUGUAUCCUCUUUGAUAACAUAUUUUGAAGUGGCAACAUUGGUGCCAAAUUUUGAGUACUACAACAGUGCGCAAUAUCCCAUUCAGCGAGUCUCUUUGGAUGUAUGAAGUUACAACUGACCUCUGCCAAGGUUGCUAAGAGCCUGGCUGACUUUGACUGUAAAUAUUAUUACCUGAAAGACAGUCUUGUUGAUUGACAUGUAAAUGGGCCUAUAAAAUAAGUGCUCUCGAGAAGUGAAACGCCCACAGUACCUCAUCCCCAAUUUUGCACGGGUUAGGCUGAUAGGGAGGUAUAAAACUGUCCUUGAUCCCACCAUCAGACACUCAUACAAAAACAGUUACUUUACACAUAAAAACAAUACAUGAUGAUAUAAAGGUUAAGGUAUUAUGGCUGGUUGCCCUCAACUAAUUUUUACAGAUCUGAGUUUCCUUUACUUUUUGUACUUGAAGUAAAGAAAAACCAAUCAGUGAAUUAGUUCAGAAACCCUUUAUUCACAAGGAGCUGCUUGAACAGAAUAUUGUACGUCCCCCGAAUGGAAUGAAGCAUCUCAGCACAGAGAUGCAGUGACCUCCUGAACCUCCAGGAAACAUUGUAGGAUAGCACCUUAUAGAUCUUUGAUAUUGAAUGUACCUGUAUUUUCCCAGCUGGUAAAGUUUGUAUGUAGGAUGAUCUUUAAAAUGCACCUUUCUUUUGCUUUUACUCCCCCCAAACAGUCGCCUCAUCAUUUUGAAAGUCAAACACUGUAGUUCUCUCAGAACCUUUUUAUUGUGUUGAGUUGUCUUGAAAUAAGAAAAUUUCGUUUCAUUUCAAAAGAGAGAGCAGAGAUACCAAAUGCUUCGAGAUUAAUUAAUGUAGUAAAUGGGUGAUGAAGCCAGAUUUGAUAAAAUAAUGUUUAUUUCAGUUUUUGACUUGCAAAAAUUCAAAUCAUAAUCAGAUUUGAAAACGAUCCCUGAUUGUGUCUUUUAUGCUUUCAUUAUGUAAAACCUUGCUUUCAAAUAUUUGACUUACGUGUUAAAGCAGCUGUGGUCAUGUGACCUACACUUGAUAAUGAAGAUUUAGGAUCUUUAACUUGGCCUGUUUUCUAAGAGAUUAAGAUUCCUGCAAUGUAGUGUUGUUCCACUUUUUAAGUUUCACACGUGACAGAAUAAACAGAUUUUCAUUGUAUUUUGCAUACAUGAUAUUGCUUUCGUAUUUUACUUCAGCUGGUUUUGCCUCAAAUCUGUUAUACACUGUUAUAUAAAGUGGCAUGUGUGUCUGUAAAUAGAAGUAUUUUUGUGAAUAUUCCAUAAAGUAUACAUGUCUAUGUCAAUGUUGUAGAAGUCUAUGGAUUUUUUAAAAGAUUUAACUGAGCAACUGUUGCACAUUUCGUUAAUGCUUUACACAUAUGCUGUUCUAAAUUAUUGCUGAUGAGUUGUAAAAUAAAUAUCAAAACUAAACU